AUGGGAAGUAAUGCCUCUGCUCCUAAGUUACAGGCUCGUGAACUUCCUGCUCCGCUAGUUCUUUUUGGUGGUCUUAAUGCUUUUUUUAAAAGAAGAACAGACUCCAAAAGAUCUAGAAUGUGUACUAUUGGCUUCGCCGUAAAAAGGAUGGGGAAUCACAGGAAUUUCAAGCGAGGAUAUUUAACCAACGCAGCUUGUGCUGAAGAUAUUAGGGGAAAUAGUUUUUCUAUUCAUAAUGCUUUUGUUAAUAGACCUGAUGACCGAGGAGAAUUGGAAUCAGUUAAAAUAGGAAUUUUUGAUGAUGCGAUUUAUGAUCCGAAUCGGGGUUCAGACUAUGCUAUUCCUUACUCGGUUAUAAAUGUGGUUGGUCCUGCUAGUGCAGCGAAAGGACAUAGGGUUUGUUUUUUUUCCGAGUUUUCAGGAAGAAGAAUGAGGAUAGGUGGUAUUGAAGUGGGAUUUGCGAUGGUAAGCUAUUUUAACAGCAUGGUUAAGGUUAGAAUGGAAGCAACUCCUUAUUCGCAAGCUAAUCCUCAGUUUGAUGGAAUUGAUGGUGGUACUCCGGUUUUUCUUCCUGUUUCUCGUGACAGAAGGCUAGUGGCGGCACAGCCAGUUGUGUCUUCAUUAAAUUUGAUUAAUGAUUCUCUGGUUGUUAAUUCUACUAACAUGUUUGGCUGGGUAAUAGGAGAGAAUUUUACAGAAACUGCUACCAAAACCGACCCUCUAGUUAAGCGAGAAGCAACUUACCCUUGUGCUGGCUACCCUGUUGUUGGAAUUUCAUUUGGCGAGGGAAAUCAGCCCUAUGAAGUUUCUUGUUCACUUUCUUUUCCAGUGGUGGAUAAAAAUGGAAAAAGAGGAUUUUUAAUAUCUUUUAUUUGUGCUGAAGUUAAACAAGCCAAGGAAAACUCUUCGAUCGAUGAAGUAGUAACUUAUCAAAAACUUAUUCUUGGCCUAUGUGAAGUCCAACAAAAAAAAAUACUAAAAUAUCAUGAUUCUCGCAAUGAAGAUCUUGCUUACUUAGAAGAGCAGUGGUUUCUCUGGCAAGCAGCAAAAUGUGACUUUUGUCGAUUGAGCACUAGCAUUAAAAACACCAUUACUGAAAUCAAAAGCAAGCGUGGCUUAGGGACUUUAUUUGGAAUGCUAAAUAGCCGAGAAGAAUCUUUCCUUGGAGAACUAGAAAUGUUAUCUAAAAAAGUAGAUAAUUUCCUUAACGAAAUCAACAAAGAAAAAUUUGGAAGUAAUUUAACCUUUCACUUGACAAAAAAAAGUCAAGAACAAGCCGAGAAUGAGAUAAAAACCCUAGUUGAUAGUUUGAAACUAGAAAAAGAGUUAGAAAAAACUCUCGAUUGA